AUGACCAAGGGCGGGCCAGGCAGCACGCUGGCGAGCAGCGUCCACCCGGCGAGGUUGUUGCGGCGGGCGGUGCGCGCCACUGCCGCAGCGCCGCCCGUAGGCAAGGCUAGCAGGUCUAGCAGCCGCUCCAACGCGCCUAUCGAGUCUGCUGGCGGGUGGGGCGUUGAGGUGCCAGGCGAAGCGGCGCCUGGCCCACAGCAGCGGCAGGGGCAGCAGAAGCAGCAGCAGCAGCAGCAGCAGCAGCAGCAGCAGCAGCAGCAGCAGCAGCAGCAGCAGCAGCAGCAGCAGCAGCAGCAGCAGCAGCAGCAGCGGGUGGCUGAGAUGGCUGCUGCAGGCACACCCGCGGGCAACGCCGGCAUAAUGAAACGGCGCAGCAAGCGGCAAUCCACACCGUUUGUGUCGCUGACCAGCCCUGAGGCACAAAUGGGCCUGGCGAUGCUGGGAGAGUCCCUGGCAGCUUCUGCGGCGGCAGGCCCCGACGGGCAGCUGCAACAACAACAGGGACAACAGGCAGGCGCCUCCAUCAGCGACGCCAAGGCGGCGCUGCUAUCGGCGGGGCCAGGCGGCAAGCGGCGUGGCAAGCUGCCAGGCGUCGAGGCACGCCCGCGGGGCGCCGGCGGGGCCGCAGCGGUGGCAGCGGCGGAGGAGGACGACGUUGAUGAGCUCGGGGGCGUGCCGGCGUUCCAGCUGACGUUUGGGGCGGAGGGCACGGAGAUGAUUGAGUUUGAUUCCCAGGGGCGGCCAAAGGUGAAGGGCGACGACGACGCUGACGAGGACGGCGGCUGGGGCGUGGACGCCGUGGGCGGUGACGUCGACGAAUUUGGGGCACUCGGCUGGGAUCAGUUCGACGCUAUUGGGGCGGAGGGAGGGGACGAGAGCGGCGCCGCUGACGCCGACGAUGGCAGCGGCUUGCAGGCGUUUGAGGCCGACGAGGUGCGCCUGCUGCGCGACAUCACAAACGAGGACGACUGGGGCCUCGACGCCCUCGGCCCCGACGCGCGCGGCCUCAGCGGCCGCCCGCGCCGCCCGUCGCUGCUCGCCCAGAUCGCGCGGGAGCAGCGCGAGCGCGAGGCCGGCGGCGCGGGCGGCGCGGCGCCCCUCGGCGACGACGCUCUGACGUGGGGCGGGUCUGGCGGCGCGACAGGCAUUGACCUGGAGGAGCAGGAGGAGCUGCUGUCGCGCUACUUCCGGCCGCACGAGGUGCAGCGGUACAUGGCGGUGCAGCGGGAGAUCGACGCAAACUACGCAGCCAUGAAGGCGCGCUCUGUCGGCGUGGGGACCACCGAGCGCCGCCUGCACCAGCAGCUCAAGAUCAUCUCGGGCUCCGCCGCCGGCCGCCGCCUUAUCUCCGCACGCGGCGCGCAAACGCGGCCAAUGAUGGAGAAGGUGCGCGCCGCCAUAUUCGACAUGGUUCAGGCGCAGGCUGGCAGCGUCGGCGGCCUGCCGCCCGGCUGCCGGUGGCUCGACCUGUUUGCGGGCACCGGCAGCGUUGGGCUCGAGGCGAUGAGCCGCGGCGCGGGCGAGGCGCACUUUGUGGAGCUCGACCCCUGGGUGCACCGCCGCGUCCUCGGGAAGAACAUAGCAGCCUGCGGCUUCAGCCGCCAGUCCACCUGCCACACGUCCAAGGCGGAGGACUUCCUGCGGCGCGCCGCGGCCGCGCCCCGCUUUGCGGGUGGGCCGUUUGAUUUCGUGAGCGUGUGCCCGCCAUACCUGCUGGUGUCCUACCCCGAGCUGUACGACCUGCUGGAGGCCUCUGGGCUAAUCCACGCCGGCAGCAUUGUGUUUGUGGAGUACCCCAAGCAGCUGUCCGAGCACGUGCGCCCGACGCUGGGGCCGCUGACCAAGGUGCGGGACCGCAAAUACGGGCGCACCUGGAUCGCGGUGUACGCGCCCGAGGAGGGCGGCGCCGUCGGCGGCGGCGGCAGCAGCGGCGAGGGUGUUGGCACUGGUGGCAGUGGGGGCCUGGACGCGAUAGGGGCCGAGUGGGGCCUCUGA